GAGAAGGCAAGAGGAUGGGGAAUCAAAACGGUGCAGGAACAACUGCCAUCCAUCCAUUACAGAGAAGCAGCAGCGGCAGCGGAACUGCCUUUUUCCUCUAGUUUUUAGGGUUUGUUUAUGUCCUUUCUUUCAGGUUUUUACAAUUUAGCCUUUCUCUUCUACUUUCUUUCUAGACAAGAGGGCCUUUUCUUAAGACUCUCUUUCAAGGAAGAAGACCUACCAAAACUAGAAGAGAUCGGCGAUUUUGAUAUUUGGGAGGAGGGUGUUUUGGGUGGAUCUGGUUUGGAAGUUUCGGAAUCGGAGUUUGUGGGAAAGUAUUAGGGGAAAGGGGCUUUUUCGUUCUGUUUUUGAGGGAUUGGAUUUUAUUUUUAUUUUUAUUUUUAUUUUUUUGUUUAUUUUAAAAUUAUUUUCCUCAUGAUGCUGGAAGGAGGAGGGUAUUAUAACUUCAAGAAGACGGACGAUAUAUGCCAAGGUGUUUGCGGGCAGGAGGCAGCACGUACCGCUUUCAGUAUGUCGAGGUUGCGGUGCAUUCUCAGAGGGUUGGAUUUUAAAGCUUACAUCCUUUUGUUCGUUGUUGUGCCCAUGUCGAUUUUUGGGAUUUACCUACAUGGUCAGAAGAUCUCGUAUUUCCUACGGCCGAUAUGGGAAUCUCCCCCCAAGCCGUUCCAUGACAUCCCUCACUAUUACCAUGAGAAUGUUUCUAUGGAGAACCUCUGCAAGCUUCACGGGUGGGGAAUCCGAGAAAGCCCAAGGCGUGUUUUCGAUGCGGUGCUGUUCAGCAACGAGUUGGACAUUCUCACUAUCAGAUGGAAUGAACUGUACCCAUAUAUCACACAGUUUGUUCUCCUUGAAUCGAAUUCGACGUUCACUGGAUUACCAAAGCCCCUGGUUUUCGCUAGCCAUCGAGAUGAAUUCAAAUUUAUUGAGUCAAGGCUGACUUAUGGAACUAUUGGCGGAAGAUUUAAGAAAGGGGAGAACCCAUUUGUCGAAGAAGCUUAUCAGCGAGUCGCUCUUGAUCAGCUCCUCAAGAUAGCCGGUAUAACUGAUGAUGACUUGUUGAUCAUGUCCGAUGUUGAUGAAAUCCCGAGCAGUCACACAAUUAAUCUCUUGAGGUGGUGUGAUGACAUACCUCCAAUUCUACAUCUUCGCCUCCAUAACUAUUUGUAUUCUUUUGAGUUUCUUGUUGAUGAUAAGAGUUGGAGGGCUUCCGUUCAUAGGUAUCAGACUGGUAAGACAAGAUAUGCUCAUUAUCGCCAGACAGACGACAUCUUGUCAGACUCGGGAUGGCACUGUAGCUUUUGCUUCCGGCGUAUAAGCGAGUUCAUAUUCAAGAUGAAGGCGUAUAGUCACAAUGACCGUGUGAGGUUCUCUCAUUACCUCAAGACGUCGAGGGUGCAGGAUGUGAUCUGCCGUGGGGCCGACUUGUUUGACAUGCUGCCUGAGGAGUACACUUUCAAGGAAAUCAUUGGGAAGUUAGGACCGAUACCUCACUCAUAUUCAGCAGUUCAUCUUCCAGCAUAUCUACUACAGAAUGCCGAAAAGUACAAAUUUCUCCUUCCUGGUAAUUGCGUGAGAGAACGUGGCUGAGUUCGUUGAUGGGUCUCAAAGCUUAACCUUGGUCGUCGCUAGUGGUGCUCCUGCAGAACCAAUCGGAUAUUCUUUUUUCGACAUUGAUGAGUUGGUGUUGUGUGGGAUACCGGUUCCCCCCCUAAAUUAGAUCAUUCUUUAGAGAGAGAAAAAAAAAAAAAAGUUUUGGGAAGAAUGGAUGAGUUCUUGGGGCUUCCAAGGGUGGUUUAUACUCUGUAUAAAGACUUCCUCCCGUGUUGGAUUUUGUUUAAGACUCGUCCAUUUGCCCAAGAAACUGCUCAUUUGGGGAUUACCACCACUGCCACUGUUGCUUCCAAAAGCUGUCUAUCCCUUCUUGGUAUGGCAAGAACCCUGCACUACAUGUUGUUGAACACAAAAUGAAUUACAUAUUACCGGGCUUUUCUGUGCUGGGAAAUUUCUCUUCUUUGAGACUAAUUUAUUCACAUAUUCUUACAA